CUUGCCCUUGCCCAAGCUUCUGAUCCUCACCUCACCUCACCUCACCUCUUCACCAUCACCUUCGCCAUGUCCGCCUUCAAGUCAUCCGUAGCGCGCAGCAUCGCACCUGCCCUCCGUUCCACCGCCUCGCCCUCGGCCGCCGCCCGCAAGGUCCUCACACCCGCUGCAUCCCAGAUCCUCUCUCCCCGAAAUGCCACCACCCUCGCACAUUACGGUCCCAAGGUGCCAGGCAGGACACCGACCAAGUACGGAGGUGUCUACACUGUCACCCUGAUUCCAGGAGAUGGAAUUGGAAAGGAGAUUACUGGAUCCGUCAAGGAGGUCUUUGCCGCCAUGAAUGUGCCCGUCGAGUGGGAGGAGUACGAUGUCAGCGGAGAGACCCACGGCUCUGAGCGCCUCUUCAACGAGGCCAUGGAGAGUCUGAGGAGGAACAAGGUCGGACUCAAGGGUAUCCUCUACACCCCCAUCGACGCCUCUGCUCACAACUCAUGGAACGUAGCCAUGAGGCAGCGACUGGACAUCUACGCCUCUCUCACCCUGUGCAAGACCCUCCCCGGCUACCCCACACGUCACAAGAACGUCGACAUUGUCAUCGUGCGAGAGAACACCGAGGGAGAGUACUCUGGUCUGGAGCACUCGUCCUACCCUGGCGUCGUCGAGUCGCUCAAGGUCUCCACUCGGGCUGCUGCCGAGCGGAUCUCGCGCUUUGCCUUUGACUUUGCCUUGAAGAACGGCCGAAAGAGGGUCGUGUGUGUGCACAAGGCUAACAUCAUGAAGCUGGGAGACGGUCUCUUCCUGAACACUUUCCGCGAGGUAGCCAAGCAGUACGAGUCAUCGGGCAUUACCACUGGCGACAUGAUCGUCGACAACACUUCUAUGCAGCUGGUCGGCAAGCCCGGCCAGUUCGAUGUGAUGGUCAUGCCCAACCUGUACGGCAACAUUGUCACCAACAUCGGUGCUGCCCUCGUCGGUGGACCCGGUGUCGUGCCAGGAGCCAACAUCGGCCGUGACUACGCACUGUACGAGCCCGGUUGCAGGCACGUAGCCAAGGACAUUGCUGAGCAGAACAAGGCCAACCCCACCGCCAUGCUCCUCUCGGCGACGAUGAUGCUGCGACACCUCGGACUGGACCCCCAGGCCGAUGCCAUUGCCGCCAGUGUGUACAAGGUCAUUGAGCAGGGCAAGGUGCGCACGGCUGACGUUGGUGGCCACUCCACCACUAGCGACUUCACAAAGGCUGUGCUGGACCAAUUGUAAAGAGAUGGUCGUAGGGAGGGCAGAAGGUAGCCAUGUCAGAGAGAAGAUUUGGUGAUAUUUUCUCUGUAGCGGUGCGGUGCCCGUCGAGGCAUUGUUCUCGACCGUCGUGAAUGCCAGAUGCAAUUACAGGAAUUUAGUCAUACUGUGCCGCUAAACUAAUUUCAUUGAGAAGGAUAGUCACUG